UCAAAAGAAAUAUUCAAAACUCAAUUAACAAAACAUUUGAGCAAAUCGACGGAGAGAGAAAGAGAAGAUGAAUCUUCCAGUAGUAGCUUGCAUCGCGCCAAGAACUCCGAUGCUUCACACCGGCUUGAAUUCAAGAUCUUCCGACACGAACCGCAGUUCAACACUGUUUUUCACGGCGAGGAUACCAUCACGGAACUUGAAACCUCUCGCAGCUGUUUCGUCUGAUUCCGCACCCGACCCUGAACCCAACCUCAAACCGAAGAAGGAAGCUACGGAGAGCGAGAAAUUUCCGACGAAGGUCCCGCGUAAACCGAAGCGCGGGCGACGGAGCGAAGCGGACGCCGUGGAGGAUUUCGUGAGAAGCUCCCUCGAGAAGACGUUCUCCAGCAUACGAGAGCAGAAUCCAGAAGUUUUCGAGAACAAGGAGAAGGCGAGUUUCAUCAAGGACAGAGCGGAGGAAAGCGAAGGAGAGAUGGUGGUGGAAGAGGAAGAUCCAGAUUGGCCUGUGGAUACGGAUGUUGGAUGGGGAAUCAAAGCUUCGGAGUACUUCGAUACGCAUCCCAUCAAGAACGUGGUGGGAGAAGACGGGACUGUGAUCGACUGGGAAGGCGAGAUUGAUGACAGCUGGGUCAAAGAGAUUAACUGUUUGGAGUGGGAAAGCUUCGCCUUUCACCCUAGCCCUCUCGUCGUCCUCGUAUUCGAGCGGUACAAGAGGGCUAGUGAUAAUUGGAAGACAUUGAAGGAGCUCGAGAAGGCGAUCAAAGUUUACUGGGAUGCAAAAGAUCGAUUACCUCCACGGGCGGUUAAGAUUGACUUGAACAUCGAGACAGAUUUGGCUUAUGCUCUUAAAGCCAAGGAAUGUCCACAGAUUCUGUUUUUACGGGGAAACCGGAUUCUGUACAGGGAGAAAGAGGUUCGUUCGGCCGAUGAAUUGGUCCAGAUGAUUGCGCAUUUCUACUAUAAAGCAAAGAGACCUUCGUGGAUAGACAAGGCUAACGUAACCCCGUACUGCUAGUUUGCAAUGUGAACGAGUUGAGUACUAAAAGGUGUCAGUGUAGGAAAGAUGUUUAUGCUUUGUUCGGAAGAAAGAAGAGAUCAAGCAGGGGUUUUACUCGACCUUAUUAUUUCAACAUUAUGUUGUUAGCUUAUGGAAAUAGCAGGCGUCUGGUGAAGAGGUAAAGUUUUGGUUUUUGUGAUAAAAAUCACAAGUUUUUUGUUUGUUGAAUUGUGUUACCAAAGUCGUCUCUGUUAUUCUAUUGGGCUUAUAAGCUGGAACAAAUUGUUCAAUGCAAUUUAAGUCCCAAGUACUGGGGUUUUUUUUAGUGCUCCUAUCCUAUAACCUUUGACUUGUAUGAGAGUGAUUUGAA